AUGGCGGCGGCGUCCAUCGAGAAGAUGGAGUGCUGCAGCAUUGGAACGUCGGCGGCAGCGCCACCGAAAGACGAGACGUCAUGGGAGUACCACCUGCGGAAGUACCUCGCGCUGCUGGCCACGCUGGUGGCCACCUCUACCUACGCGGCAGGGCUGAGCCCGCCGGGUGGAGUCUGGCAGGAGAACGAGGAUAGGGGCGAUGGGUACAAGGCCGGCGAGCCGAUUCUGUACCACUCUCCCCGGUACCUCGCCUUCUUCUACUUCAAUGCGACCGCCUUCGCGGCCUCGCUCGUCGUCAACCUCCUCCUCCUUGUCCUGAACGAGAAGCGGACGAUCUCUCUCGCCGUCCUCCGGUCCGUCAUGGUGCUGGACCUGCUCGCCCUCAUGGGGGCCUUCGCCACCGGGAGCUGCGAGGACCCGCCGACCACCGCCUACGUCUCCACGCUCGUGGUCGCUCUCGCCGCCUAUGUUGGCAUCCAAAUCCUCCUAGCUUGGUACGACAAGCAGGAGACCUCGCAGUCGCAGGAGGAGGAAGGCCCCGACGAAGCGCUCAAGAUCAAGGAGCAUCGCAAGGAGCUGCUUGUGCUGGCGACGUUCGCCACGGGCAUCUCGUACGCCGCCGGCCUGAGCCCGCCCGGCGGCUUCCGCAACGAUACCGAGGGAGACAACCAGGCCGGAGAUCCCAUGCUGAAGGCCAGACAGUCCGCGCGCCUGAUGGCCUUCUUCUACUUCAACACCACGGCGUUCGUGGCGUCGCUACUCGUCAUCGUGCUUCUCCUCGGCCGGAAGAUGCAGAGGUACUACGCCAAGUUGCAGCUGUACGGAUUUAUCUUCGUCGUGCUGCUCGGACUUCUGGGCGCCUACGUCGCCGGGAGCUCCUGGAAGGCGGACACGGCCGCCUACGUGGUCGUUCUUGUCGCCGCUGUCCCCGUGUACAUCUUCCUCGUGAUUUUCGCCAAGGUGCUUGUCUCGGGUCCUCCCGAGAGCAGCCCCUCGCCGGCGCGCGUGUUGUUAGGUGGCGGCGGCAGGCAAGGGAGCCGCCACGCCGACGAGGCGAACACAAGCAACAAGAACAAGAACGAAGGCAUCGAGAAGGCCAAAUCUCUGAUUCUGCUGCUCGCCACUCUCGCCGCGACCAUUACUUACCAAGCGGGAAUGAACCCGCCCGGCGGCGUCUGGCCGAGUGACGCUCUGAAGACGGAGCCACCCCACAAGGCCGGCGACCCGAUCCUCCUGUCGACGCACGAGGCCCGCUACAAGGUGUUCUUCUACUGCAACUCCACCGCGUUCGUGGCGUCCUUGGUGGUCAUCCUCAUGGUCCAUAACAAGGGCCUGGUAAGAGGACACGCGCUGGAGGUGGCCAUGAUACUAGACCUGUUCGGCCUCAUCGGUGCUUACGCCGCCGGGAGUUGCCGGGACGUAAGCACUUCCAUCUACGUCAUGGCACUGGCGGGCGCCGUCCUGGUCUACGUCGUGAUCCACGUCGUCUUCUUCACGCUGGACAACCAUGACCUGAGCGAAGAGGAGAAGAGGAGGAUCGACAAACGGCGCAAGCGGCUGCUGCUCCUCGCCAUCCUCGUGGCUACCAUCACCUACCAGGCCGGCCUCACCCCACCGGGCGGCUUCUGGACUAAGGACGGCAAGAUCCAAGACGGCGACAAGGUCCACAACUACUAUGCGGGUUCCGCGAUUCUCCAAGACGGCAGCGGCGAGUACCGGAGGAGGUAUUUGGCCUUCUUCUACUGCAACUCCACGAGCUUCAUGGCGUCCGUGGCGCUCAUUAUCAUGCUCGUGAACCCCAACCUGUACCGGCCGGGCAUACGGUGCUACGCGCUCUACGUCUGCAUGGUCGUCGCGCUGUUCGGCCUGAUGGGCGCCUACGCCGCCGGGAGCGCGCGGGAGCUGCGGACGUCCAUCUACGUCUUCGUGCUCGUCGGCGCGGUGGUCGCCUUCAUCCUCAUCCAGCUGCUCGUCUUCUUCGAAUUCUGCAAUUUUUGUGGCGCUUCCUCCUCUGGAUCAACCUCCGGCGGCAGCAGCAAAGCGAACGACUCAUUGUCCUCUCGGCGGUCACAAUCGCCCGACCGCAGCAGUUCCAGUUCCAGUUCCAGUUCCAGUUCCAGUUCGACUUCGAGCCGGCGGAAGUACCUGAUGCUGCUGGCGAUCCUGGCGGCGAGCGUCACAUACCAGGCCGGGCUCACCCCGCCGGGCGGCACUUGGGAGAAAUCGGUGCCGGAUUUGCACAUCAUGGAAGGGAACCCGGUACUGCGUGUGACCGACCGCGCCCGGUACCGAGCUUUCUUCUACUGCAACUCUGCCUCGUUCGCGGCGUCGGUGGUCGUCAUCGUCCUGCUGCUGCAGGAGUCUCUGCAGGACCGCCGCGGCCUGCUAAUCUACGCCAUGAACACGGCGAUCGUGCUGGACCUGCUGGGACUUCUGGGCGCGUACGCCGCCGGGAGCAGCCGUAAGUGGGACAUGUCCGGGUACGUCAUCGCGCUGACCGCCGCCGUGCUCGCCUACGUCGCCGUUAACCUCAUGAUCGGCCGGAGGGGACGAGGGAGAGUCAGCAGUAUCCCGCUGCAGCUCCCUGAAGCUCGUGCCCAGCCGAAAAGAACGGCGAGGUGUUGGUCAUCCCCGUGCUGA